ACGAUGAGCAAAGCUGACGCUCCCGGGCGUCCCAGUAAAGAUGCAGUUCUCUUUUGCGGCACUGGAAUCACCGUUUUUCGAGUGUAUCCUUGCCUGGCAAAUUUUUUAUCUGAUAACGCUAGCCUCUGUGGUCGGUAUGAUAAAUGCGUUGCUUGCUACAUUGAUACUUCACGUGGGUGGUCAGAUCGAUAUUAUGCGGCAAGCCAUAAUGGAAGUGCACAGCAACGACGAACUCGGUACAUCCUUAACCGUACUCAGUGAUCUCAUUCACAGACACCGAAAGAUCAUCAAUUUGUCGGACGAUAUCGAAAAUUUGUUUUCGACCAUUGGGCUGUUGCAACUUCUGUGGAAUACUUUAAUCAUCUGCUGCAUGGGUUUCAUGAUCAUACUUGCUCUCGGUAAUAACAAAGGCGUUUUGAUAAAGUCGCUAUUUCUUUAUAUUGCAAAAACGUUAGAAGUCUUCGUGUUCUGCUACGCAGGGGAAUUCUUAAGCUUCAAGAGUAAAUUGAUUAGCGACGCAGUAUAUGAGUCACAUUGGUACAACAUGGUACCGUCCGACAGUCGGAUUUUGUUGUUCAUAAUGAUGAGAUCGCAAAAGCGAUUGACAAUCACCGCGGGGAAAAUUUUUGAUCUCACUUUAGAAGGAUUUAUGAGCGUCAUGAAAGCUUCUGCGUCAUACAUGUCCGUGUUGCAUGCUGCGUACUAAAUCGGGAGAGAUAUCAUCUGUCCACAGUUUUAAUAAACGUUUCGCGCCGGUGAUAAAUUACCUGUUGCGAGCUUUUUCAACAGACACUUGUUACAGACGAAAAUGGAUU